AUGAGCCAUUUUUCACAAAUUGAGGAAUAUGAGAAUACAUCUGAAAAAGAUUUUCACACUCCUGUCGAAGACGAAAAGAAAUUAAGCGAUACUAGAUUUUAUGUGCAUUAUUUCUACGAGCAUUUGUUUAAUGGCAACAUAGGCGCUCCAGUUCAUGAAAAGUUACAAAAAGGUGCUAAAGUAUUAGAAUAUCGUUGUGAUUCUGGAAUUUGGACUCGAGAGAUUGCUAUCGAAUAUCCAGAUACAGAAUUUUAUGCAGUUGAUUCAACCGUACCAAAUUCUAGAGAUGACGGCAAUAAUAUUAAUAUUACGUUGAUUGAAUGCGAUAUUUUUAAAAAGCUACCAUUUCCUGAUAAUGAAUUUGAUUACGUUUAUGCUAAAGAUAAUUUGUUAUUUAUGACAACAAAUACAUUUCGGGCAGUUUUAUUGGAAAUAUUUAGAAUAUUAAAGCCUGGUGGUUGGUUAGAGGUUGUAUAUUCGUGUAAAACGGACCUUAUUCCUGGACUAGGAUAUACACGGUUAACUAACGCAUGGCAUUCAUGGCUUACGGCACAAAAUAUUGAUUAUGACAUAAAUCCAAACCUUGAAAAUUACCUUCAAGAGACUGGAAAAACAGAAUCCAUGUCGCGUCGAAUAGAAGAAAUGCAAGUCGGAAGCGGCAAUACUAUGGGAGAGUUUAAGCUCGAAAUUACUCUAAUGUUUUAUAGAAGUGCGAGAAGUUAUUUGGCUCCCUUUAUGAACAUUUCAUUUGAAGAAUUCGAUGAUCUGGUGAAUAAUGUUGAAAAUGAACUAAAUGCUAACAAAAUAAAAAUAACAUUCAAACAAGUAAUUGCAAAAAAAAAGAGUACGAAUUCUGAAGAAAACUAA